UUCAGAAUUGGGCAAGCGAGAUUGGAUUGGCAAAUGCUCUUUCUCUAGUUUUCUCUUGAUAUCAUAAAAUAUGUGGACUAUAAAUUAAUAUUUUGGACGAGGAAAAGUAGAACGGGGGACUUUUGAGGAUGCCAUGGGAAUUAAGGUCAAAAGAUGAAUGAUGGUGAUAUCAAUCAUGUUAACUUGGUCUGCUAGCUUGGAGUUUUGAGUAUCUGUUGUUAGCUAGGUUAUGCAAUUAAUUGCAUGGGGAUGCCGCCGUAUCCUGAGAGUAUUUAAUAGGCUGAUCAGUGCUCCAUUGGUUUCUACCAAGGAAUUCAAGAUAAGUAGAUCAGUUGAACUCAUCACUUGGAGCAGCAGCAUAGGAUCGUGACUCGGUACAAGUAUGCAUUAUUGCGUAGUCUAAUGAUGUCUUCUUCAAGACAUAUUACUGUUCAGGAGUUUUAUGUUAUUUUGGUUGGAUUUGUGGAAGCAAUAGUUUUGGUGCAUCUCAGAAACUAACAGAAAGAAACUUAUUUUGUUCAUCUGCUGUCUUCAGACUCAGUAACUGUAAGUAACAUGUCUGGAUCUACAUCUUUAUACUAUGGAUUUGCAGGUAAUAUACCACCAAGUGAUUGAUCUGCACAGUAGCUCAUAUUCACAUGUAAAGUGGGCAAAGGUGAGACUCAGUGGAUUGUUUGAAUCCCCCUUGAAAAGUGCUUCUCUUUUCUUUUCGCAGGAUGGUGGUCUUCAUAGUUCCUUCCACUCUUCUUUUGACGUAAAGGAAUAAUGCACUAAGGAAGAUGAAUCCUGUCCAAUAUCUGCUGGCAUAAUCAAAGACAUGGUAUGUACCUUUGUGCUCAAAGAUAUUUUUUUUACAUUUAAUUACAUCACAUAUAUUCUAUAAUUGUGACAGCAGUAAAAAUAAUGAGACAGAAGAUGGCAGAUGGGGGUGGGGGGGGGAUUGGAUUCCGUUGUGCAGGUAGCCGUUGCAAGGUUUGGAAUUACGCCAUUCAAAUCCCACACAGAAGAAAGAGAAUGAUGAGAAUCUUUGUAAUUAUAUACGCAUAAUAUUACUAGCAACGGCUACAUUUCCUUCCCCACGCAGCAACCCCAAUACUUAAAAUACUUCCCUUUUUCUCCACUAUUUCAAAUCUCCUCCCUUUCUUUCAAGCAGCAAACAGCAGCAGUUGCUCCUCCUCUUUCUUCUCUCUCUCUCUCUCUCUCUCUCUCUCUCUGGGAACCCCAAUGGGUCUUUGUUUCAGCAAGAAGAAGGCGUCUUCGCGCAAUAGUCAUGCAUCCAAAGCAAUCCCAAAUGAGAAGAAAGUGGAAAAGCCGUCUGGAGCUGCGGUAGAAUCGGCCGCUGUGCAGAAGCAAGCGGUUGUCAUCAUCCAGAACGCGAGGAAGAGUGCCGCUGAAUCUGCUGCGGCCGAUGAGAAGGUGGAUAAGAAAGGCGAGACGCCGACGAACAAGGUCGACAGAAAAGUCGAGACUUGUGGCGCCGACCCGGUCUUGGUGGUGCCGGUGGUGGAGGAAUUCAGGCCGACUACAGUCGUCGGGAGCUCGAGCUGCACCAAGGAGGAAUUGGACGCUAUUCUGAUCCAGUGCGGUCGCCUCAGCCGCAGUUCGUCGGGGAAUGCCUCGAACGGGAACGGGGGUGGCCACAGGAAGUACUCGGGCUCGAAGCGAAGCUAUGAUUUUGACAGUGAGAAGAAGGCGGAGGAGGAGGAGGAGGAGUGUGGGGAGAAGCCCGUGUCGAGGCCCUCCCCUCACCGGAGAACUCCCGGCAGGGAGCGGUCCGGGAGCAGGGAGAGGGGAGGCGGCGGCGGCGGAGGACGGAGGGUGAGCCGGUCACCCGGGAGGUGCACGGAAGUCCCGGCUUCGCCUGUCGCCACCAGCGAGAGAUCGAGGCAGCCAGCGAAGAUGGUGGCUGUCCCGGCGCGAGAUAAGAGGAGGGGAGUCUCCCCUGCUGCCCCUAACAAGAGAGGCCGCGAGACAGGAGCCGUGAGGAGCGCUUCACCUCAGCCGCGAUCGCCGGCGAGUACUACUCGGAUCUCCAAUGAUAAUGCUUCCUACCGCGCUCCGCCACCAAACCAGCCGCAGUCCCUCAGCCGGAGCUCAUCGAGGAAGGCUGAGCAGUCGCCUUGCCGAAGGAGUCCAAUGAAGGAAGUCAAUGAGAACAUCCUCAAUAGAACCAACCAAAACGUCAACAAGAAGAUAAGAGGAGGGGAGGAAGGGAUGCAGAAGCUGAGCCAACCUCGAACCCAGAAAUUAAGCGAAAAUGGUGCUCAAGUGAGCAAAGGUUUUCAGAAGAAUGGAGCUGCGAAAGCGGUAACAAACGCGGUCAAGAGCAGCAAUCCGGUAACCGACUGCGUCCGCGAGCAGCUCAUGGGCUGCAGAGGGAGAGAUGCACCAGCAGCAGAAGAAGAGACAGAGAAAGCAUCAGCCAAGGUGGAGGUCCAGAAUCCGAGGACCAUCACAAGAACCAGAUCCUCCAGGAGAUCAUCCAGAGACCUCGACCAUGCUCUCGGACUGAACCAAGAGGCCUUGCUCAAUCCAAAUCCCUACGCUUCCUUGCUUCUCGAGGACAUCCAGAACCAGCAUCCCGACGCAGCCUUUUCCGUCCCCGCUUGCGUCUCCAAGGCCUUCUCCAUCGUUGAAGCCGUGGCCGAUCUCAACUCCGGCUCUUCCGAGAACAGGAGCUACGCCGGAGACAGAUUCAGCCACAACAACGGCUCGCUCGACGGGCGGCAUGGACGGAGAGGUUUGGCAACGGAACAGCCGUUCGUGGAGACGGAGAUAGUCGCAAAGGACGAUCUUUUGGAGCCAAGCCUCCAUAGAUACGUUACAAUGACGGACUUGGGUGUUGGUGACGUAGAGCCUCAGGAAUCUGCAGGGAGCAACAGCGUCGUCGGUCAGCCCUGGGCUUCCCCGUGGGAGCCUACUAAUUCCGUCGAUUCCACCGACCAAUGCUGGACUUCGAGAUCGAACAACGGCGACGAGGUGGAGCAGGAAGCCAGACUGAGCUCGUCAAGCUACGGCGGUCUAUACCAGUGGCAGCAGCAGCCACAAGAAUCUGAAACCCGAGUUAGAAGGCCUUGGGCCGGGUCGAGUGAGAACAAGAGAGACUGUUACCGCCGUACUCCGCUUCACCCAGCCGGCGCCGGCGCAAAGACUGGUAGCCGGUCUUGCUCGCUUCCAGUUUCUGCUGCUGCUGCUGCUGCUGCGACCACAUAGCAGCUCUACGAAGCAAAGAUUCAUCUUUUGGGAUUAGAGAAGAGAAUUUGCUGCUCGCAGAUGUGUGAUUUCCAUUCCGUUUGGUCCGGUCGGUGUAGUAGUGAUAAUGUACCAUAUUGUGCUAGAAUUUAGUGUCUCUUUUAAUCGUGUAGGUCUGCAAGGAACAUGAGAUCUGUUCACCUCCAGAGUUUAGUAUCAUUUUAUACUCAGAUGAACAUAAGAUAAUUU